AUGAAGGGCUUCGCAUCUCUCCUCGCCCUCCUCCCGUUGGCCUUCGCACAAACCAAUGGCACCAACGGCAUCGGCAGUACCCCCUCGCAACGCUCCUACAUCUCCUCCACCCAAGCCCAAACAAUCAUAACCGCCGCCAUCAAAAAUGCGACAGCCCAAAACAUCCCCCAGAACAUCGCCGUAGUCGACCCAUCCGGUCUUAUCGUCGCUUUCCUCCGCAUGGACAACGCAUUCCCCGGCUCCAUCGACAUAUCGAUCAAAAAGGCGAAGACAGCCGUCUUGUUCAAUGGCUUGAGUUCUGGGCAGCUGUAUGAAUCAAGUCAGCCAGGACAGCCCCUGUAUGGGGUUCAAGAAACCAAUGGAGGCCUCGUCGUCUUUGGAGGAGGAUUUCCCGUCUACUAUGAUGGGAAAUUGAUCGGUGGAGUAGGAGUCAGUGGCGGAAGUGUGGCUCAAGAUGUCAAGGUCGCAACCGCAGGAGUUGAAGGGCUGGGUGCGAGUACGAGCCCGCCAUCGUGA